CGGAUCGGAUCUCUCGUUCGAGAGAGAAGGAGAUUUUUCUGUAUAAAAACCGAACCGUACGCUCCGGUAAGGCAUCAUAAUUAAUUCAAUCGUUCCAAGCGAACCACACCGAAACAACAGCCCUCACCAACCCAAAACCAACCAAAAACCAAUCAUGAAGUGCAUGGUAGCUGCAGUCAUCUUGGCCCUGGCCGUUGUUUCGGAAGCUGGACUUCUGCCGUACGGUGGUUGGCCAUAUGGCCAUCUGGGAGCCCCGACCGUGAUCCAGUCGAACGUGCUGGCCCAUCCGUACGGUGCGAUCUCGCACUCGGCCAUCCACGCCGCUCUGCCAGCGUACGCACCGCACGCCGCUCUGUGGGCUGCUCCCCAUCAUGCUGCCAUCCUUGCUGCACCGCAUCAUGGGCCGGCCGCUUCGGUCGCUCACCAUGCCGGUGUGGUGCCGGGAGCCACCUCCGUCACUGCUACCCGAGGUGCGGUGCAUGUCGCGCCCCUUCCAGGACAUGCCGUCUCCCAGCAGCAGCUCAACCUGGCGCCGGCUCCAGGAACCAUCUAAACGGAGGAUCGCCAUCUCCAAGUCAACCACCCCAAACGCCGCGGAACGUCUCGUCUGUCUUUCUUGUCUUGGUUCGUCCUAUCGUCCUAUCAGUCGAAAUUGUGCUAUCCCCAAACCACCGACCGCGAUUCGAUUGCAGGCCCCUUUUGCGGGGUGUCAGCCGAUUCGGGAGCGGGCGAGUCAUCACGGAAUUUCCAAAUAAACAAAACGCAAAAAUCAUUUCACAUUUUCUCAUAAA